UUACCUACGUCAGUCAAACAGCCAGUUGAUCAGAAAUCAAUGUUCGUGGACAUCCGGGGUUCUGCUUGGGCAGGUAUUAACACUGGAAUACUUUAACAUGAGACGUCGGGAUGUAAUACUAUAUACAUUUCUCGUAAUGUGGGUCAGCACGUUUCGUAGUUUUGGAAUGGAGUUUGAUUUAUUUCCUCGAGCUCCGGUCGCCAAAAACGACCUCGCAUCAGGAAACCUGACAGCGCUAUUUAACCAACCUGGAAGUGGCCUCAACAUGGGCGCGACCCAGCACGACACACACGACGACCUCACGGACCAGUCACACCAGUCCGUGCACGAUAAGUGCGCCAUCAUGCACAGUCUGUCCGAGUACAACGUCACUAAAGCAGACGGGUUUUUGCGGUGUCUGUGCGAGAUCGAGGACGCGGGCACGCAUGCGUGUCGUAUCGAGAUCGACCAUCUGCUGGACGGGCUGCCGUUCGCCUUCGCGUCGUUCGCCAAGUUAGCUAUCAACACCGACCAGAACGUGCUGUUCAGCAUUUGGACGAGCAAAGCUUACUACUGCAAGGCUCAGGUGGACCAAGAGGUCAUGUCGUUCAUGUGUUACCGAGAUCUCGAGCAUCCUGGCGCGGGCCAAUGCAAGUCACACACAUACCUCUGCGAGUUGGCAAACUGUCUGAGGGCUUCCGUACACACAAAUCAUUUAAUGAAGGCUAUCUUCUUGGCCUGCGUGAAGGAGUCAACAAUUCGCAUGUCACACCUCCUAAACGACCCGUUCCGUCACGUGAUAAAGACCACGCCCCCGACAACCAGAUACAACAAAGACAACGGCAUACGUACCUCCCAGAUCCUGUUGAUCGAGGCGCUGGUGGGCGGGGUAGUGGGCGGGGUCAUCAUUAUGACUAUCCUCAUUUGUCUGGUGAAGAUGUGUCGAGCGCGUGUCCUAGAACGUCGUAACACGGUCGAGAGACGACCUAAGAGCGUCUCGCCCACACCCAAGAGUCACCAGACCUGCGAUAGCUACAACAAGCGAGAAUCCAACGUCUACGACGUCCUCGACGAAACGAGUAUCUCGAGUCGUCAGAACAUCGCCCGGACAGCGUCCAACGACGUGCCUGACGUCCUCGGCACGGUUCACUCCAAGAAUCACGGCAACAACCGCACCGACUACUCCAUCCUGCGCGAGACCGGCGGCAACUCGGCCGACAGCGAGGACUACAACCGACUGCGGAAUCUCACCCCCGUCAUCGCCCACCCGGGCGUCUACAGGAACGCCCUCACCGACAGCGCUGUCCCACCAGGUAGACCGCCCACCGACGACUACGACCACAUACCGUCAGAGAUGGCGACGUUCUCGCCCGCGCCGCUGACCCCGCCGAGGAAGUUCUCGAAGAGCAUCAUCGACCUGGACGGGGAAGUCGUGGAGUACACCAAGGUGGACAAGGUGCCCAAGAAGUCGCCCAAACCCAAACCGAGGCUGCAGAUCAAGGAGGUCGCUGACACGGGAUCAGACAGCAGCAGCGUGAACGGAAAUCCAAACUACUUUAUUCUAGAACCGCAUGCGAACGAGGCAGCCACCACAGAGUCCAGUUAAUAUACAGUCCAGAUGAUAGAGCCCAGUUGAGAGUCUAGUGAAACAAGAGUCUAGUGAAACAGGAGUCCAGUUAAUAGAGUCCUGAUGAUAGUCCACUUAAAGGGUACAGAUGAUAGUCCAGUUCAGAGUCUAGUUAAAGAGUCCAGUUAAGGUCCGGUUAAUAGAGUCCAGUUGAAAGGCCACUAAAAUACAGAGUUUAACUUUAAGACUCUUUCAAUGGAUUGAUGUAAGCAGUCGAGAUCUGAAACCAUUAGCAUUUUUUAAAAUGUAUCCUUGCACAAGGCAGAGUAAAAAGGAACAUUUGACAAUACCGCGACUUCCCUGUGAGUCGCAGUCUUCUGUUUCGCGGGAGAAGUACGGAGAUCAAAUAAAACUACUAUCAUAGUUUGACACGUUGUACAUGAUGAGAACGCAACCGCCAUGCGGGAAGAAGACGUUUAGUUUAAAUGCAUCAUGUGAUGGUUAUGGGGUCAUCUAAACCAUAUCACUGGCUUUAAAAUGUUCCCUUGUUGUAUCGAACUCUUUCGAGUCAGACUAAUUUGCUGCUGUGCUCUGUGGAAGUGCUCGAACAGGACAGAAGUUGUAUUAUUAAUGUCCAUACAGACGGAGAAGAAAGAAAUGUUAAUGUAACGGUCCACUGUCACGUGGUUUAUCAGGGACGCUUAAGUGUCGAACAGUUCUGAAGCAGGGAUUCCUUUCCACAUAGGCUACACUUACCGUUAACAGCAACGUGUCAUUUUGGUGUAUGUUAUUCAAGCAUCAUAAGCGAAUGAAAAAGUUAAUCUGAGAUAAAAGGAACACACUGUAAGAAUGCAGAGAAACGACUUGUGUGUAGUGAAUUCAUUAUAUCAUUGUGAGGUGAACAUAUCAUACUGUUUUCCUGCUAAUUUGUUACCUAAAUUGCAGUAUUUGGGAAAAUAUCGUUAUACUAAUAUUUUACGUCUAUUAUUUCUAUAAAAUUAUUCCUCACACGGAAAUAACUAUACACAAAGAGGGUAAGACAAUACAAUACCAAUCCUUUAAUAUGUGACAAUAUUAGGUUUUUCUAUUAUAUCAGUUAUUAUCACCGGGACAGUAUUUAUCCAUAGCAGAGAGUCACGACAAUGACGGAUUAGUGUUUCAAAUCAACUAAACCCGAGUUUCUACUGGAGGAUGGUUACAGCCCCUCCCCACUAUUUCCCCCCUAUUCACGGUAAUACUAUAAAAACCAGUUAAAAACUUAGUCAAAACAAGCUUAUGUUUAACUGAGCAGUAAUGUUUUCUAAUAAGUAUCUUGGACUUAUCUUCAAGUCUUUAGCAAAAGCCAGUGUCUAUAAGUGUCGGUUAGAAGUAAUGUACAGUUGCAAGAGGAACGACAACCGUCCGAGAGUUUUUAUUCCUUGCUAAUGAAGAUUGGAAUGGGUAAAUACAAUAUAGUUUUAUGCCUGGUAAAUUUGGGGUUUUUUUUAAUGCAUUAUGCAAUUUGAUUUGGGGACUAGUAUAAUAUACACGUGUAUGUUGUAUCAUGCCCAGCGGGUAUUGUAUUUAAAUAUAAAUUGUUUUAUUGUAAUUAAAUAACAUUAAGUCUUAAAUUGAAGACGUCUUGACGUGCCUUUUAUUUCUAAAAACAACAUGAAGUCCGAGCUCAUGUUUGUCCAGAUUCAUAUGUAUUAUAUAAAACAUUUUAAAAACUGAACAUAUCCCAUAUGGCGAAUUUCCUUCAACUAGCAUGUUAAACCAUGCCAUGGACAAGAAACAAGGUUUUUGUUUCUUUGAAAUAUAUGUUUUUAUAUGUUUUAGGAGAACGCGAUUUAUGUUAUAUAUAAUUAUAUAUAUAUGUUUUGUAAUGUUAUAAUGUCCCUACGUUAAUAUUAAGUUAUAGCAGUCAAAGCAUAAACAGACUGUUGUAGUAUUAUAUGUCAAUAAAUAUGAAUUAUUUCACGUG